GGCCCACUAUUUUGCUUAAACAUGUACAUCUGUCAUUUAUAUACACAGCAUGUCUUGUACUUGUCCCAUCUCUUGAUUACCAGGUACUAUUCGUAGCUUUAAUUUGGAGCAACCACUGCUAUAUAGGUGCAAAAACAGAGUUCUAGUUUCUUCAGUCCCUGCUGAUCAGAUGUACAGCAUGACUUCCAUUUGCAAACAUCUUUACCGAGCAGGUGCACCGCAGGGAUUUCAUUUCUUCUGCCACGGAGAAUCAGGUGCUGAGCGCGGCUUCAAUCUGCAUUAGUAUCUAACGACCAGGUGCAAACAUUCUACCCGUUUGCAUCAGUCAUUAAUGGCUUCCAUUAGUUCGUUUUCGACAAUCUGAUGCACAGCGUGUAUUCCAUUUAUAUUAUCCCCAACUGUUAGAAGUACACAGUAGACUUUUUUGUUAACAUUAGUCCUUCAUGACUAUAUACCAUAACCACCUUAAUAAUGUCGUCUGAUGAGCACAGCUGACAAUGAGCAAUUAGAAACGCCGCCACUGAAGAUAACUCUACAACGAACUUUUACGGAUGGAAGACAAAAUUUUCACUCCGCUCAGUAAUGCUUCAACAUGACAUUACACGGUUGUGAAAAUUUAAAAUGGAUGAGUUAACAGCCUCCCCAUCUCCCACCCGUGGGGCUAAAAUGGAUUUCCCAGAAGACUUUAAUCAACUGGAGCUUUUGGACACUCACAGACACUUGAUUCCGGUGGGAACACAUAGCCUUUGGCCAGAAGAGGAGGAGGAGGAUGAUGAUGAUUAUCAGGAAGCUGAGCGUGAUGAAGAGUGGUACCAGCAAGAGGAAAUGAAGAGAGAGAAUUACCCAGAUCAGCUGUUGCUGUGGGCUUGUGAGAAAAAUCGGCUGUCAACUGUAAAAAGGCUUCUGUCUGCUCAUGUGGAACUAGUCAAUGUCACAGAUGAUGAUCAGUAUACACCACUCCAUCGAGCUGCAUACAGUGGGCACCUGGAGGUGGUCCAGGAACUGCUUGCACACAAUGCCAAUAUUCAUGCAAAAACAGUAGACGGAUGGACUCCACUGCACAGUGCCUGCAAAUGGAAUAAUGCCAAGGUGGCUUCCUAUCUGUUGCAGUAUGGGGCUGACAUCAAUGCCCAGACCAAUGGGUUUCUCACCCCUCUGCACCUUGUGGCUGGCAGCAGCAACUCCCAUGAAACUCUAGAAUUGUUGCUUAUGAACCGGCAUUUACAACCACAGUUGAAAAGUAGCAGCAAUGAGACAGCAUUAGACAUUGCCAGAAGGACUAGUCUUCAUUACUGUCUUUUUGAAAUUGUGGAUGCUUGCACUAACUCAACACCUGAGUAGUUGGUGCUUAGUGAACGCUUAUCCAAAUAACUUAUAGUACAUAGCAGAGAAGACAGUGAGAGUUACCCUCAACUUUAGAACAGGUUUAAAGUUUUCCUUAAUCUCAUGCUGCUAUAGACCCAGGCAUUAGGUUGUGACCGCUUGAUGUCUUUGACUUCCUUGGAGAUUAAAGAGAAACCUAAACAAGGAAGACUUUGAGUUAGAAACUGCGAAAUAUUUCUGUUACAUAAUAUUAAAGAUAACGGGAAGAGUGUAGCAAUUACAGAAAAAGCAUUUGGAGAGAAUUUUGACAUUUGUUUUUGCAGUAAUGAGUUUAAUUCAUUGUAUAGUAAUUAAUGUUGGCUGCACAGUGUAUGACACACAUUUCCUGCAUGAUUGCAGUAUCUGCAUGCUUUUGUUUCAGCUAAGCUAUUAAUUGAAAGAAAACUCAUCCACACCUCUGUAAACCCCAGUUAAUUAGAUUCAUUGUUUUUUCAGAUUCUAGGUUCAUAAAUUGCUCACAAUGUCUUGUUAAAAUAUAUAUUGUGGUUACUGUUCUAUUCUGUUUGUUCCAUUUUAUUGGCAAGUGAGCUUCCCUAUUACAUCUUUUAUUAGAAUUAUUUACAGUAUAAUGCAGACAGUUCUUGCUGUACAGACAGAGAAUCUAACAAAGGUAUCAAAAACAGCAGUCAAAGGAUAUAACCUUCUGGUCACUUGGCUUGAGUCUUCAUUAAUUCAAGAGCUUUCUUGAGCUAUAAUAUUGAUUCUGUAGUCUUGUAAUUAAUUGAAUGCGUUAAAAUAGUUGUGGAUGUACUAUACUGUAUAUGUUUUGAAAGUCAAGAGUUGUAUCAGAUUUGUUUUUUAAUUUUAUAAAGAUAUCAAUUCAUUUUUUUUUUUUUUAUCCUGAAAGGCUUUUUAAGUUCCAGAAUUCCUGUCCCUGUAGUAAUGGGUGCACGGUAGAAACUGAAACUCGACAGGUCAUCAGUCGGUCACAGGGUGUGCUGUCACACAUGCACUCACCACGGCCGGACAAUCUGAGGGCAUGUCUUUGGACUGUGAAAACAAACUUAUGCUAACACACUCAUUUCAGCACAGAAUAUUUUAUAGCUAGACAGCAAACCAAUGCCCCUGCAUAUUGAGGAGGCAGGAAUUCUACCCACUUGGCCAUUUAACUUGCACUGAAUACAAAAAAUGUACCUUUGCAUCUGCAAAUAUGAUGAAAUAGGAAAAAUGGUGCAGAAUUAAACAAGAGAUUCAGUUAAACACGUACAGGGAACUCUCUUAAGGUUUACAGUAAUUGUGAAGAAAGCUUAACGUGUCUAAGAAUACUGUUGUCAAGAGCAUAAGUAGAGAAUUUAGUCACAGUGAAAUUGUUUCAAGUUGAGGAGACAUACAGACCAGAAAUAUGUUAAUAGUAUGUCACACAUGUUAAAGCUGUGCUUUCUUUUUUAUCAAAUAUUUAUUGUAAAAAAUAUAUAUAGGACUGGUGUUGGUUGUAUAUUAUUUAUAUUAUUAUUUUGCUCCCUAGGAGAAAUAGUUUUAAUCCAUACUGUUUGUUCAAAAUGGACUUAAUGUGAGUGAGGUCAGGUUUAUAUGUUAAUAUGUUGUGGGGUAUGCACUUUGCAAGAGGCACUACACUCGAUAUUUUUGAUUCUACAACCUUUGCUAAUUGUCUAAUUCUUCAACAGAAGACACCCACAUUAAAAUAGGUAACAAAGGACAAAACAGAAAAAAAAAUACUUCUUUAGCUAAAUAGUUGUCAGAGUACUGGACAGAAUCACCAAAAUCAGAACAAGAUUCUUUGGUUGAGCAAAAAAAAAUAUAUAAUCUUGGGCAAGAAUCUUCUCUGUUGUUGAGGAACUUGGCUCUUCGGCUGUAUGAAUGUACUUUGGUUUGAAGGAAAAAUGUAAAAAGUUUUAUACUUAAAUAGGGUGUUGAUUCCCAAACACACAGCUUAUAAUGUAAGCAAAAUACUUAUUUAUUUAAAUGCAAUCUAAAUCUCAAAAAACAUAGCAAAAAUAAUGCUAGUAAAGUCACAUGACUUUAUUCAUAGCGACACACACAUUAUUGCAUAUCCAGAGCAGUACAGGACGGACUGACAUUCUCACCAGGGCUGGUUUCUGCAUUGUGCCAAUUGCCACAACCCUGUGUUUGAGUUUAAAAUAUUAAUGACAAUACUAUGUUUUAUGUAUGUGAAAGAUGAAAUAAUGAUAACCCAUGCCUUUUAAAUAUUAAGUUAGGAGUCAAACUGAUAAUUAUUGUUAGAAAAUCUAGUCUGAAUAGCAUAUACCUUUAUUAUUCACUCAAACAGCUUCUUAAACAUAGUCAAGAAGUCUUAUUCAGUAGUGUAACCUGGAAAUUUACUUUACAUUCUCAAGAUAUUCAGUAAAAGCAUGAAUUUGAGAUUGUAUAAUGUCUCUUGAAACUGUAAAGAGUCCUCCUAAAUUCAUAACCAUUAAAAAUAAUCUUGAUAUAUUUGUAUUGAGCUGUAAUAGUGUUAUGACUUGGCUGCUAAUGUUAAUUUUCUGUUGCUUUCCCACUGUGUUUUGAUACAUUUCUUGAUUUUUUUAUUUGUUUUUUUGAACAUAUGGAUUUAAAAUCCCCCCAUUUUUUUCACAUAAAAAUUCUUAAACAUA